CAAUGAGCUCGAGCCAGGCAUGUGGGCAAGAUGGUGAUAAGUUUUGAACGCAGUGGCACAUCUCUGAAUUCGGGUGGUUUGGAAAGGCAGUGGGCUCCGAUAGAUGAUGCUACGAGUCCGGUCAGCUAUGUCCGACUCUUUCUUGGUUCUGUGUACACACUUCUGCCGCGGUCUAUGGUGUCCUAGGGUAUAUCAGAAACCCGGGUAUGAGAGAGCGAACGCCUUGGAGAGAGGCUCGAACGAGGCUGGGUUUCGCAAGAUGCUCAAUGCAUAUGGUUUGUUCCAUUCAAAUGUCUGGAGAAGAUAUAUCGGGACGAGUCCAAGGCUUCUAUAUAGGAAGAUAGCAUCCGCGGAGGAGUGAAGCUAUAGAUGCGCUGGCGUACAGCUACAAUGGCAACCGCAUGGAUUGCGUUGGUCGUGGUUUUUUAUGACGCUGCGUGGUUUUUUCGU